UAUCCGUGAGGUGCGCGCAACAGAUGUCAGAUCAGGUCUGAGCGCCAAAUAGGAAGAAGCGCAGACGUCAGACUGACUCGAACCACAACAAACCGGGUCGAGGGCAGAACUCGUAGAUUAUCACGCAUGUUCGAGCCGAACCAUAGAGCCGACUCUCUCGGAGACGGAGCAGCGCUGCAAGGAACCGAACCUAUAAACCAUGGAGGUCGACACUGUGACCAUAUGGCCUCGCAUGGAGCUCUUCUUACUAGGUGCUCUGCAGGUGGCUCCAUCCUCCAAGCUCAGCUUACACUAUCUACGUAAGAUGGCCACGUAUGUGCGGACGCGUGAUGGCUGCUUCCCCGUCCUGCGCUGGCCUAUGUGGAGGCAUAUUGCCUGUGGAAAGCUGCAGCUUCCGGAGGACCUCGCGUGGCUCUACUUUGAGACCUUCGACCUUCUCAUAGGCCACCCUCCAGAGGAGAGGCUGGAGUGGGCCGAGUGCCUUUCACAGUGUUCUUCCAAAAGUGAGCUGGACCAACAAAGGAGCAAGUUGUCUGUGGACACGCUCCAGUUCCUCCUCUUCCUCUACAUCCAGCAACUUAAUCGUGUGUCUCUGCGGACAUCUCUGAUCGGUGAAGAGUGGCCAAGCCACCGUACUCGAUCUCCAUCUCCAUCCGACCGGGAGGCGAAGACAAGCUCUCAGAACAAGAACUGGGACGAUCAGGCCCACUUGUCAUUCGUGCAGAGUCACUUAAGAGAGAUUCUGGAGCUGCUGGUUGAGCCAGGCCAGCUGUCACAAUCUGGACAGACCCUCAGAGACUGCAAGGUUUCCCUGGAGGUUGUGCGGAGCCUGGGCCUUCUGUUGGAAGGCUCAGUUGGCCACGGUACAGCUGUCCAACCUGUUCACAGGCUGCUGACCAAAGGUCCACUUCAGGCACAAGCUGGCUACUCCACAAUCAGCCGCUCCUUCACUCUGCACAAGCUCCUGUCGUGUCUGCAGCAGAACCUCACAUUCAACCCGUUUGGAAUGACUGCCUGUCUGCAGUCAGGCAAGAAACUAGCCUGGGCUCAACAAGUGGAGGGGACUAUGAAGAGAGCUAAAAUAGCCAGGAACACCCACAAAGCUCCACCGGGCAGCAAGAUGGUGUUGAUGUCCCAGGUUUUCAAACAGACUCUGGCUAAAUCUUCAGACAAGUUGACGGGCGCCAACAUAAAAAUCCACAGAUGCUCAGAAGCCUUCAUUUACCUCCUCUCACCUCUCAGAUCCGUCAGCUUGGACAAGUGUCAUGAUAGCACAGUGGUCCUGGGUCCUGUUGAGACCAGCGUCCACAUCCACGGCUGCCAGAACGUGCGGUUGGUGUGCGUGGCUGGCCGGGUCGCCGUGGGAGCCUCCUCACAUUGCACUAUUCAUGUGCUGACGCCCACCAACCCCUUGCUCCUUCCUGGAAACACAGACAUUACUCUGGGGCCCUUCCACACUUUCUACCCUUCCUUGGAGGAUCAUAUGGCCACUGUGGGGCUCGCUGUGGUCCCCAACCUCUGGGACCAGCCUCUGCUUCUUGGGGCCGAGGGCCUCAUCAACCCAGACCCUGCCUGCUACCGCCUGCUGCCCCCGGCCCAGUUUCACAGCAUGGUCGUGCCUUUCCAGAUGGAGGGGGACACGUGUGAAGUCCCUGGUGAACUCCCUCCUGAGUACCAGGCCUCACUGGACGAAAAGCAGAGGAGGAUCCAGAACUGGCAGAGGACUGUGAUGGAGGCCCGGCUAAACCAGGAACAGAAGAGACAGUUCCAGGAGUUGGUGGAAGUCAGGUUCCACGAGUGGCUUUUAGAAACGGGGCACCGGCAGGAACUCGACAGCCUCAUCCCGCCCACGAUGGCCUCUUUAAAGGAAAGCGAGGCUGCAAUGGACACGCUCCAAGCUAACGAGCCAACGGGGAUGGGAGGACGGGUGCUGGGGAAGUCACAGAAGGCCUAUUGAACUGCAGCAGCGGGCUGAGGUAGCCCAACACAGUCCUAGUAACAAAGUCCAUGUGUUAUACACAUUUGGCUCUAGUAAAUCUGAAAUGCUGAGUUUCUUCUUGAGAAAAGGCGGCUACAGAAGAGGUGGGUGUAGAGGGUCAGGAGAAACAACUAAUACCUCUAAGAUAAUGACUGUUAUCACCGGCUACCAGGGAAGUUACCUUUAUCACCUUUACUGUCUCCAGCCUCUGUCCCCAUUUCUACCCACUUUGUUUGUAAAUACAAACAUGUUAGUUUCUAGAAGGAAUGUAGAUUAAAUUAAUUUAGCACUUUGGUUAUUAUUGUUUUGCUGCCUCAGGUCACUGUAUUUAACUGAGGAACAGGAUUUGCUUUGGUUGAGGGCAUAAAUAUAAAGGCUUCAUAGCCAGCUUGUACUUAGUUUAUUUUGUCACAGCCUAUAUUUGUAUGUUCUAUUUUCUUAGCAUUUGUGGCUUCACAUGCAGCAUGUUUGAUGUGCACUGUCUGUUCUCCUCAUAUGGUGCAGACCUUUUCAUUUCUUCACGACACCAGAUAUUUAUUUUUGUAUGAAUUCCCCUGGAUGGGUACGAAUAUUUAGUUUGUUUUAUAAAACUACCCUGAUUCCUGAAGUAUUUUAAUAUUUCAUACCUACUUCACAAAUUCAGACCUAUGUCACAAAAAGCAGCAGUUUUAGUUCUGGGUAAUGAAGACUUUGAUGAUAAUCACGUCAUACGUUCACCCUGUAAAGUGCUUGACUGCUGAUUAUGACCCUGGUUUUACCUCUGUGAAAAGCACAGCAAAGUUUGAUGGUCUCAAAAAUAAAAAUGACCUAACUAAAAGCA